AUGCAACACGGCUGCCGAACGUUUGUGCUGACCCGUAAGGAAAAGAGAUCGAAAUGGGAUCCGAAGGCUCGUGAAGGACUAUUCAUGGGGUACGAAGAAGUGUCUAAGGCAUAUCGCGUUUACGACAUUGAAGCGGACCAAGUGGUGAUAUCUCGCGAUUUCACAUUUGACGAAUCAACGCUUGGUUUCUCGCCGAUGCUACCACAAGAAAUUGUUGAUGACACUGCCCUGGAUAUCGAAUUGAUGAACAUCAGCGAUGAGCCUCACCCCAUGCAGUUCAAGCAAACUGGAAAACGCAAAAGCCGUUCAAACAGUCAAGAACAAGUUCUACAACGAACACUUCUUGAGCGUCGUGGAACCGGGUUAGAAGAAGCAAGUGCCCCGGAUGACUCUGAAUCGCACCAAGCGAAGCGACGAUCAAGCGCUCGAGACAAUCUGGACGAAGAGCAAAAGGGCAGUGACAAAGAUAACGAGGAUGCUACACCUCAAGUCUUUUGGCGAGCGAGUGCCAAUGCAGUCGAAGGUACUGACUUGUCUGAGCCGACAACGUUUGAAGAUGCUGUUGGUGGACCAGAUCAAGUGCAUUGGUGCAAGGCAAUCUGUGCCGAGUUGGACUCGAUGAAACUUCGUGGCGUGUUUCGAGCGACCAAACUGCCGUCUGGACAGCAUACCAUUGGCACCAAGUGGGUAUUCAAGAUCAAACGGAAAGCUGAUGGAUCCAUCGAGAAAUACAAGGCGCGUCUCGUGGCAAAAGAGUUCAAGCAGAAAUAUGGCAUCGACUACACGGAAACGUUUUCGCCGGUAGUCAAGUACGUGACGCUGCGCAUGGUGGUUGCAAUCACGAAGUACUUUGGCUGGAAACUGGACCAACUGGACGUGGUGACAGCUUUCCUUUACGGAGAAAUGAAGGAAAAGGUAUUCUGCGCGAUCCCAGAAGGAGUCGAAGUUGAUGAAGACUUUGACUGCUUUGAACUGGUCAAGGCGAUCUACAGACUAAAACAAGCAUCGCGCGUAUGGAACGAGACUUUUCAUGAGUUCGUCUGCUCCAUUCGAUUUCAAGUCUCCGAUUUUGACCCGUGUCUUUAUCUCAAGAUUACAAGUGGCGAGUGCGUGCUUUUGCUGGUAUACGUCGAUGAUGCGUUGGUGACUGGCAGCUCAACCGAACUGAUUAUGCGCACCAAGAGUGACUUAAAGGCGCGUUUCGAAAUGACCGACAGUGGGAAGUGCGCAUUCGUGUUGGGCAUCGAGCUGGUGGACAACGACAACGGUAGCGUGACGAUGUGCCAGCGACGCUACGUGGAAGAUGUUCUCAAGCGUUUUGGCAUGAGCGACUGCAAAGCCGUCACCAGCCCAACAGACAUCAGUUCUCGACUCAUACCAAGUACCGCAGCAACUAAAAUCGACGCCCCGUUUCGUGAAGCGGUAGGCGCUCUGAUGCACUUGAUGACCGCGACACGACCGGACAUUGCCUUUGCUCCUGAUGACAAGAUAGACUUCUGUGGCUACUCGGAUGCAGACUGGGCCAUCGACCAUGCAGACCGCAAGUCGACUUCAGGAUAUGCGUUUAUCCUGAUGGGUGCUCCGGUGAGCUGGGGAAGCAAAAAGCAGUCAAGUGUGUCGCUGUCAACAAGUGAAGCUGAGUACAUUGCACUAAGUCUGGCGAUUCAAGAAGGCAAGUGGGUGCAUCGAUUGCUGUGCGAGAUUCUGGAUGCCGCAGAGGACAAGUCUGGACCCGAGCUCAAGAUCAUGGAAGACAACCAGUCGUGCAUCAAGAUGACGAAGAAUCCUGUGAACCAUGGUCGGGCCAAGCACAUCGACAUCAAGUACCAUCACAUUCCUGAUGAAGUCAAGCGUGGUGAUGUCAAGUUGGAGUACUGUGAGACUACGACUAUGUUGGCGGACAUCAUGACGAAGGGACUGCCAGGACCGCGUCACAAGGACUUGACGGCAGCGCUCGGCAUACACGCGUGUUCGCAUUGA